CCUGAGGAAUCAAUACGGACCUGCAGGUUAUAUAGCCGUAGAUAUAUCAACUACUGAAGUACACGUUUAAGUACUGAUCUGUAGAAUGGGGGGACUGACUCUGACCCUGCUGCUGCUGUGUCUGUCUGGGACUCUCAGUGAAGAUGCUGGAGAAGACAACCUGAAUGACAUCAUGGUACAGAUUCAGCCUGAACAGGGACAGAACAUAGAGAAUGAAUACAAGCCUCACAACCAACAGGUAGAGACUGCAGCCACUACAACAACCCAAUCAGGAUGUGAGCCUACCAUCCACACUGUGAUGAGAGAACUGGGGGCAAUGGAGGAGAGACUGGGAGCAACCGUUAGGUCAUUGGAAGGCAUGAGAAACAGGCUGGAAGCCAGUGAGAGCCAAGUUAGGUCGUUAAACGCCACAGUGAAUGAACUGAAGAGAUUCAAUGAAGACAGGCCCCAGGUGGCAUUCUCAGCUACUUUAGGAAUUUCUGGAACCAUUGGACCUGUCAGCAAUGAAAUCACUCUGGUCUUCCAGCGUGUUCUAUCAAACGUUGGAAAUGCCUACAAUCCAACCACAGGCAUCUUUACAGCACCAGUGAGAGGACUCUACCAUUUCACCUUCACAGCUUUCGACUGGGGAUGGAGUACAAUGACAGGGGCAAGCUUACGUCGUAAUGGACAGAUAAUGGUCUCUGUGUAUGAUGAGAAAGAAGGGGGUUCCUCUGAGUCGUCAUCCAAUAGCGCAACCUUCCUGCUACAAGUGGGAGAGCAGGUGUAUGUUGCUCUCUGGAGAGAUGGACGUCGGAUAUCUGACAAUGGAAAUCACUACUCCUCAUUUAACGGUUUCCUGCUCUUUCCCAUAUGAGGAAAAGAUUAUGAAAUAUGCUAGAAAUGUUCAAUAUUUUUUCUGGUCAAUCACAUAUAUCUUACAGUUUUGACAUAGCAUAUAGUAAGUGUGUGCUUGUAGAAAUGCAAGAGGGACAUCCUGUAUUUGUU